UCUCUUUUGGAGUUUUUACUCAUCGGCGGAGAGGUCUUUUCACGGCGUUGCUGCCUCUUCUCAGCACGAAAAUGGGUGUUUUCAGGUUUCACCAGUACCAGGUUGUCGGAAGAGCUCUCCCGACAGAGAAGGAGGUGCAGCCCAAGAUUUACAGGAUGAAGCUCUGGGCCACGAACGAGGUUCGUGCCAUGUCCAAGUUCUGGUACUUCUUGAGGAAGCAGGUGAAGAUUAAGAAGAGCAAUGGCCAGAUGCUUGCCAUCAACGAGAUCUUUGAGAAGAACCCGACCACGAUCAAGAACUUUGGAAUCUGGCUGAGGUACCAGAGCCGUACAGGUUACCACAACAUGUACAAGGAGUUCCGUGACACUACUUUGAACGGAGCCGUGGAGCAGAUGUACACCGAGAUGGCGUCGAGGCACAGAGUCAGGUUCCCUUGCAUUCAGAUCAUCAAGACAGCUACUGUCCCGGCCGCUUUGUGCAAGAGAGAGAGCACGAAGCAGUUCCACAAUAGCAAGAUCAAGUUCCCUUUGGUCUACAGGAAGGUUAGACCUCCCACCAGGAAGCUCAAGACUACCUACAAGGCCUCUAAGCCCAACUUGUUCAUGUAGAGAAGCUCUCUUAGGGUAUUGAAGUUUUAUACUUUUGAGAGUUUUUUCCUUCUUUAAUUUUGGGGCUUAGAAUCUUGGAAGUAUUAUUAUGGACUAUGUUAUUUUCUAUACCGGAUAAUUUUUUGUUUGUCGUUUUUAGUUGGCAGUGAGGCUUUAAAAUAUUAUAAUU